CUCCAGCAUAUGGUCUAAAGUCUUCGCUAGAGAUCGGGAAAAACAAACAAACAAACAAACAAACAACAAAAUCCUUAAGCGUCCGCUUCCACAUCACCCAGCCCCACCCCCAGCUACCACCUCCUCUUUCAGCCAACUUCCCAGGCUCGGAAAAGUGCUGCACAGGACACCGCAGUUGGGUGGGUGGGGGGACCCUGCUGCUGGGGGAUGCGGCGGCCGCCGCGCAGCUGACUGCGACGCGGGAGCUUCGGCAGCGCCUCCGCAGCAGACAGUUCUGCCCCGGAGACGACAAGUAUGAACACCACAGAGAACGGUGUCAACUGCCUAUGUGCCAUAUGUGGGGACAGGGCGACAGGAAAGCACUAUGGAGCAUCAAGCUGUGAUGGGUGCAAGGGCUUCUUCAGACGCAGCAUCCGCAAGAGUCACAUUUACUCCUGCAGGUUCAGUCGGCAAUGUGUUGUUGACAAGGACAAAAGGAAUCAAUGUAGAUACUGUCGAUUAAGGAAGUGUUUUAGAGCAGGAAUGAAAAAAGAAGCCGUGCAGAACGAGCGCGACCGAAUCAGCACCCGGAGGAGCACGUUUGACUGCGGCAGCAUCCCGUCCAUCAACGCCCUGGCGCAGGCGGAAGUGCGGUCUCGCCAGAUCUCAGUCUCAAGCCCUGGUGCAAGUACUGACAUAAAUGUUAAGAAAAUUGCAAGUAUUGGUGAUGUUUGUGAAUCUAUGAAACAGCAACUGUUAGUCUUGGUGGAGUGGGCCAAAUAUAUUCCUGCCUUCUGUGAGUUGCCAUUGGAUGAUCAGGUGGCACUGUUGAGAGCUCAUGCGGGGGAACACUUGCUCCUUGGAGCUACAAAGAGAUCCAUGGUGUAUAAAGAUAUUUUGCUUUUGGGAAACAACUACGUCAUUCACCGCAACAGUUGUGAAGUUGAGAUCAGCCGUGUGGCCAACCGAGUUCUGGAUGAGCUGGUCCGACCCUUUCAAGAAAUUCAGAUCGAUGACAAUGAAUAUGCUUGUUUGAAGGCAAUUGUAUUUUUCGACCCAGAUGCAAAAGGGCUAAGUGAUCCAGUAAAGAUUAAGAAUAUGCGGUUCCAAGUGCAGCUCAGUUUGGAGGACUACAUCAACGACCGGCAGUACGACUCCCGGGGGAGGUUUGGCGAGCUACUCCUGCUCCUGCCCACGCUGCAGAGCAUCACCUGGCAAAUGAUUGAGCAAAUACAGUUCGUUAAACUUUUUGGGAUGGUUAAAAUUGACAACCUACUUCAGGAAAUGUUACUGGGUGGUGCUGCCAAUGACAUUAGCCAUCUCCAUCAUCCAAUGCAUCCACAUGUGUCUCAGGAUCCAUUAACUGGACAAACUGUACUGUUAGGGCCCAUGUCAACACUGGUUCAUACAGACCAGAUCUCAACUCCUGAAACCCCACUCCCUUCCCCACCACAAGGCUCUGGACAAGAACAGUACAAAACAGCUGCAAACCAAGCUUCAGUCAUUUCACACCAGCCUCUCUCCAAACAAAAGCAAUUGUGAGAAUAUGUUUACUUUUGAAUGGCACUGCAUAAAGGUGAGAAGUGGUUGGUCUCGAAAUAUCUCAGGAUAGUACUUUCAGCAAACUCUUUAACCCAGGCUUCUUCAUGGUGCUGUUGUAAGAUGGUAUCCUGUUUUCUUGUUUAUAUGCUCAUUUUGUUUGUCGUUUCUAUUGUUUAAAACCUUUAGAGGCCAUCAAUGUAUAUCUGAGUUCCCACAUGUUUUAUAGUGUAUUUUUCCAGCUUCCCUUGCACUGUUUCUGAACCAGUUGAAUCUUAUGUACUACUUUCAUUUGUUGUCUGAAUAUUAAUUUAAAUUUGUAAAUACUUUAUUAUGAUGUGAUACAGAGUUAAGGUUGUUUUUGACUUAAAAUAGUAGAUCAGAAAUCCCAGAUUAAUAUAAAAAUGAACCAAGUUUUUUAUAAAUUUUGAACUUGUAAAUUGGAAAAAUAAAGCAGUACCUGUAGAAUAGGGCACAUUUCUUCGAUGAAGAGUCACAUGGAUAUCCAGUGGCUAAGAAGUAUCGUUUUGGCCCACAAGUAAAUAUGCCUAUCUUAAGUUUAGAAAAUUGCAAAUAGCCAUUCAUUCCAAGGAUGACUGGAUAGUCCUUGAAAUCUGCCUGUAUAAGGAUGUACAUUAGAUAAAACAUGUUAGUUUUACCAGUUAGGAUACAGGGUCAGCUAUAAAAAAGACAUCCUUGAAAGAGUUGCUCAAAUAAGAGAGACAUUUAUUUCUCCCUCCUAAAACAAUCUAAAAUACUCAUGCAUUGAGUAGAACUUAGCACAUGCCCACAUCUAGUUCCCAGGGAGGCUGGCAAAGUAGUCACUAGGUAAAAAGCCUUCUGCCACCUAAAACUGUACCACUCUGCGAGGCUGAUAUUGGGAGGCAAAAUAGCCGAUCCUCAGGGCAACCCUGUAAGAGAGGUAUUAUCUUUUAUAAAUAAAAGAAACCUUUAGCUUAGAGGGCUUAAGGAAUGUAAUCAAAGUUCUUGAAGCUAAAGAGUAGGAAGGCAAGGCCACUUUUAAAACCAGGUCUGCUUGACUUUAAUGAGAAUAAAUCUGUGGUAUGGUAUGAAAAAUGUGAGCUUCUUACUGUGGUUUUAAAUAUAUGCAAUAGAGUGAUGAUUGAAUACUAUCCAUCAUGUACUUGUAACACAUGUAUUCAUGUAAGCAGAGAGUGCAAAUUUGUUGAGACAUGAAUCAGAAACCACUUUUGUAUUUUUAAGAAGAGUCUUACCCUUAAAAAAGACCUUUAAACAAAUUAAAGAAAAUAAUAAUACACCAGAUAGGUUAUGAUGAAAACAAAAAUUCAAAUCACUAACUUAGCAGAUUUUCAAAAAUUCAGUGGACUGAAGAGUAUAGUUCUCUGGAGCCCUAAACUAUUCUGUAUCAUCUAAAGCUGGAGCAUGUUUAAAACAAUUAAUGAUAGGCCACCUCUAAAAAAAGUGAUGUAUCUUUCUCUCUCACUCUCAUCUCCCUCUCUCUCUUACACACACACACACACACACACACACACACACACACACACACACACACACGUGCACACAGUACUCUGAAUCAGGGAAAAACUGAUUAUCAAUGGUAUAAUAAAAGAGAGUCCAAAGCUGAAAGAGACUGAAUUAAAUGAUUUUUAUAGAACCUUUCAAAAUUUUGGAUUAUGAUUUCAUAACCCCCACUAACCUUACAAAUAAAAAGGUUCUGUUAAUGUUAACUAACUUAUUAACUCUUAAAGGAGAAAAAUGAUUACUUAGAAGCUAUCAUUCAUUGAUUUAAUAAAAUCAGUAAAAUUCUUUCAAGAGCAAGUACCUGGAAACUAUAAGAUCUAUAUUUGAGAGAGGAAGGGAAGAGGAAAAUUUUCUUAAUUCUUAUUUUUUUUGGAAAUUUACUAGUGUGUCUAUUUCAUGAAUAAGAAUGCCUCUGAUUUUUAUAAAUAUAAAUAUUUGUGAUAGGUUUCUGUUUAAUUGUGUUGUUCUCUUAGAAAAUAUAAAAAAAACAAUUCAUUUUUAGUGAGCCUUCUAACUUAUCUGCGUAUAUUUUCUAAACAGCUAUGUUUUAGAAAUUAUUGCUAACAAUUUCACUUUAAUAACUAUGGUCAGGGAAUUUGUAAUAUAAUAUUUUUGUAUACUUAACUGCCAAAAAUGCUGGACAAACAGGAACUGAAGGUUUCAGCCUAUUUUCAAAAUAUUGAUAAGGAGUGUUAUUGCUUUUAUAUAGCACAAAACUUUUUUCAGGUUAUAAAAAUGAAUAAUUUAUUGUGAAAUAUGAUUCAUUUUAUAAAUGUAAAAUUAUUUUUAUAAAUUUCAUUGUUGAAAAUCAAAACUUACUAGAUUUUUAAAAAUGUUAAAUUAUAGUGAAUUAAAAUAUUUCUAAACUGUGAUACCAUGUUGUUCACUGAACUUUCUAAAUAAAAAUUGAGAAAC